AAAAGCUCCACCUCAGGAAAUUACAGCUCAGACUCAUGUAGGUGUUUCCACCGCAUGCUUUCACAAGUCAGUGUGAGACUGAUAAGACAAGGCCACAAUAAAUAUGACAACCGAGGACUACGCUGACUACUUUAAUGCAACAGAGAGUGACAGCUUCCAGCUCUGCAGCAACAGCAAUGUAAGUGCAUUCGGCCAGGUCUUCCUCCCUACCCUCUACAGCAUCGUCUUCAUCAUAGGAUUCGUCGGCAACAUGCUGGUGUUGUGCGUCCUGGUCAAAUACCACCAACGUUCAAAUGUGACAGAUGUCUGUCUCUUCAACCUGGCGCUUUCAGACCUGCUCUUCCUCAUCUCGUUACCUUUCUGGGCUCACUACGCUGCCAUCAGUGAGUGGACCUUUGGGAACUUCAUGUGCCAUGCAGUGACGGCGUUCUACAUGCUAGGAUUCUAUGGAAGCAUCUUUUUCAUGAUCCUCAUGACAUUGGAUCGCUAUGCCGUCAUUGUCCACGCCCAUACGUCCUUCAUCUCCAAGCACCGGUCUGUCAGAGCUAGCAUAGUUAUGGCUUUCUUUAUGUGGGUACUUAGCUUUGCAGCUUCUCUGCCCAACAUCAUUUUCUCCCAAGCGAAGAAUGAAUCAGAGGGAUGGACUUGCAAAGAGGAAUAUCCAGAAGGAACUGCAUGGAAGCCAUUCUUUUACAUUGAGCUCAACCUCCUUGGCUUGAUUGUUCCAAUCUCAGUAAUGGUGUUCUGUUACUCGCGCAUCAUCCCUGUAUUAAUGACCAUAAAGUCUCAGAAGAAACACAAAGCUUUGAAACUCAUCCUGUCUUUGAUCAUUGUUUUCUUCCUCUUCUGGACACCUUACAACAUCAUCACCUUCCUGAAGUUCCUGCAUCAAUUAGGCUACAUGACAAGCUGCGAGUGGGAACAUUACCGGAACAUGGCUGCGCAGUGGGUGGAAACCAUAGCGUUCAGUCACUGCUGCCUCAACCCCAUCAUCUACGCCUUUGUGGGGCAGAAAUUCAGGAAUUUAGUUAUCAAGAUACUAAAGCAAUGGUUUCCUGUUUGCUUUGGUCGCUGCACAACAAUCGCCAGCGAGUUCUCAGACAGGAGGAGCUCUAUGUCCUCACGCUCCUCAGUGGUUUACAGCACAAAGAUUGUGUAGCCAAAGGUUUGGACAUGAACAUUCACAAUUCUCUACAAAUAUACGUUUUUCACAUUGAUUUCAAAAGAACUUUUUUGGUUACAAUUUAUUUUUUUAUUUGACAAUUUACUCUUUUAUAUAAAUGUUCAUUCAGUUAAAAUUAUAUUUCUGACUGAAUCUAAAAUUCAAGUCUAUUAUACUGUAUGUAAUCACAAUAACCGAUAUUAAGACUAAUUGUUUUCGUGUCACAUAUUAGUCCUACUUUUUAUCACUAUGUAU